CUCACACACAAUGUGUAAGAUCCCCCCACAAAGGAGGCAGGAUGUGCCGGAGAAACAACCCACGCACGGCUGGGUGAAGUCGUAGUGGUAGUAGUAGUAGAAGCUAUUGUGGUAGUUGGUGUAGAUUGCCACCUGCACUUGAAACGCUCGGGGUACGGUACCACUCCGCACCACCUCACUUGCUGCGUGCUGGUGGCGUUGAGAAUCCUUUCCUAUCUCCCUUUUUUUUCUUCUGCCUCUGCUUCUCGUGGACUUUGCUGUGUUGGAGGUCUUUGAAUUGGUGGAAUUCUGAGUCGGGUUUAAUUCUGUGUUGGGGGGAUGAUGAGAUGCUUGAGCUUUGUGGUGGUAGCAUAUUCUCCCCACUGGGCAGAAUUCUUGUUUCAGAAUAGAAUAAAAUAAUGCCAGUGGGUGAUUACACUCUUGGAUGAUCGUUAUCGCGGGUAUUCAAUUCCUAGCUCCACAUUCAUACUUGUGUGGUUGCCGAGUGUGAGGGAGGGCGCUCAAGAGCGUCACAAGAUAUUUCCGGGUUUUGUUGGGUUUGGGCUAUUCGGGUCCGGAUGGAGGGUUAGAUCUGAAGUGGGUAUCGAAGCGCAAGCUCGUGGGAUUAUCAAGUGGUGAUUGUAGUGGUGUAGUGUUGAGUUUCUUGGAGUGUAUUUCUUAGUACACUAUUGCAGCAAUGGAGAGAUUGCAACCGGUUCAGCUGCUCGAGGACAGCUGCAUCGUCUGGCAUUGAGAUCUCGCUGUUAGCACCCAUUCUAGGAAAAGGUGAAUUUCGGGCUUCUAAAGUGAUGCCGCGUAAUUGCUUGGAGGAAAAGAUCCACUGAAAUCGUGGAGUGCUCGGAGGCAGGGUUUACGAGUAUCUAGAUGCACAUGUAAAUGUGCGAGCUCGUGCUGGACUGAGGCUCGUUGUAACACCUUUUGUCUAGGUCAGACAAAUCUAUUUGGUCUCGAAUAGUGGAUGAAGGUAAUCAGGUCACAAUGGCGAAGAAGAAGCUGGUAGAUGGGGUAGCUAAGGAAGCAAAGGACCUCUGGGAACAUCUUCGUCAUGAGAAGCCGGAGUUGCCCUAUUUAAUCCCCAUCUUCCUCCUGGCGUGGAUUUUGGAGCGCUGGCUAAUAUCCUUCUCCAAUUGGGUUCCCGUGUUUGUUACCGUCUGGGUUACUCUUCAGUAUGGAAAACACCGACGUGAACGUGAAGUGGAAGGCUUGAAUAACCGAUGGAGGCGGCAUAUACUUUGUAGUCAGCCAAGUACACCUAUUGAGCCCUGUGAAUGGCUCAACAAGAUGCUGAUGAAUGUUUGGCCUAACUUCAUGGAGCCCAAGAUUGUUCGGAGGCUUUCUCAUAUUGCUCAGAAACGGUUGGGAGAGAAAAAGCCAAAACUUAUCUUAAGUAUGGAAGUGGAGGAGUUUUCACUUGGAACAGCCCCCCCUAUGUUUGGGCUUCAGGGGGCGUACUGGUCGAUAGACGGCAAGCAGCCGGUGUUAAAUAUGGGUUUUGAGUGGGAUACUACGGAGAUGAGCGUGCUGAUUUCCGCCAAAUUGGGGGGACCUUUACGGGGGAAAACCGCUCGCAUCGUCGUUAACAGUAUCCAUGUUAAGGGUGAUCUACGCUUACUACCUGUUCUGGAUGGACAAGCUGUGCUCUUUUCGUUUGCAAAUACCCCUGAAGUUAGGAUAGGCUUGGUCUUCGGCAGUGGCGCUAAUGCUAUUCCUCAAACAGAGCUUCCUUUCAUUUCAUCUUGGCUGGAGAUGUUACUCGUUGAUACGCUCACUCGUACAAUGGUGGAGCCUCGGAGAAGAAUCUUAUGUCUGCCUGCCGUGGAUCUGAAAAAAAAGGCAGUAGGGGGCAUCUUCUCGGUGACAGUUGUUUCAGCUCGGAACUUGGCAAAACUUGAUCACCGAGAAUCUAGAAACUCUGGAAAUGGAGCGGUGUCUAACGGUGAUGGAAGUAACCAUGCGAGUAGCAAUGAGGGCAGCCUCGGCAGUAAUGGAUCUGUGAAUAAAAAGUCUGAAAAAUCCAGGUUUGUGGAGAUUUCGUGUGAGGAUUUGACUCGCAAGACAGGCAUGCAAAGUGGUCCUUUUCUCCACGUGUGGAACGAGUCUUACGAUAUGGUCUUGCAUGACAACCUGGGUACUGUACGCCUGAAUGUGUAUGAGCAAGGCCAUAAUAACGUGAAUUAUGACUUUCUUGGAAGCUGUGAGGUUAAGGUGAAGUAUGUCGACGAUGACUCCACUAUCUUCUGGGCUGUGGGUCCAGCACAGAGUGUUCUCAUUUCUCGAGUCCCGUGUUGCGGAAAAGAAGUCGAGCUGACGAUCCCUCUUGAAAACGCGACCUCUGGAGAGCUGACCGUGAAGCUAUUACUUAAGGAAUGGCAAUUUUCUGAUGGCUCAAAAGCAGUGGCAAAUUACAAUCCUGCUCUUGUGAUUCAUGACCAGCAAAAUGCGGUGGGUACUCAACCAGUUCAACCAACUUUUACUGGCAGAAAGCUCAAAAUUUCUGCGAUCGAAGGCCGAAAUCUGGCUCCGAUGGAUAGGACUGGCAAAAGUGACCCUUAUCUUAAGCUGUUUUAUGGCAAGCUUAUUCGCAAAACGAAGACCGUAAAUCAGGACCUGAAUCCUGUGUGGAAUCAAGAUUUUAUAUUUCAGGAAGUAAGCGGUGGAGAGUAUCUUAAAAUCAAGUGUUACGAUGCUGACCGCUUUGGCGACGAGAAUUUGGGAAAUGCGCGAGUAAAUUUGGAAGGAAUCGAGGAGGGAGCCCCUAAAGAUGUGUGGGUACCUUUGGAAAAGAUUAAUCAAGGAGAAAUCCACCUUAGAAUCGAAGUUGUUGCCUCUGAGUUAUUGCAGAAUCCUUCUACGAAUGGUUCUGAGAAUGGAUCACAUCCAACUGGAGAUGGGUGCAUGGUAGAGGUUGUCCUUGUUGAGGCUCGAGAUCUUGUAGCAGCUAAUUGGGGAGGAACCAGUGAUCCUUAUGUUAGUGUUCGUUACGGCCAAAUCAAAAAACGUACCAAGGUUGUCUACAAAACUUUAAAUCCAGCCUGGGGCCAAACACUCGAAUUUACGGAUGAUGGUAGUCCUUUAGUUCUUCAUGUGAAAGACUACAAUAACAUUCUCCCCACCGUCAGCAUAGGCCACUGUGAGGUAGAUUAUGAUAAAUUACCACCUAAUCAGACGUUAGAUCAAUGGCUACCAUUGCAAGGUGUAAACAAGGGCGAAAUUCACUUUCAAGUGACUCGUAGAGUGCCCGAGAGGCAUCUGAAGGCCGCUUCUGAAGAGCAGCCCAAGCUCAUAGCGUCCUCGAACUUCAGUGGCAAUGCGAGACUUCAGAGAAGUGCUGGCAUGGUACGGUCAUUGAUUCGGAAGGCGAUGACUCUCGCUGAAGAAGAGGAGGAAAUUGAAUACAUUCGACAGAUGUUAGAAGAGUUAGAAGGUGCUGAAGAGGAGCGCGAGCUAACCGUUACACAGCUUCAGAAGGAUCGUGAUCUCUUAAUCACUAAAGUGAAGGAGCUGGAGAAAGCCAUGAGUGGAUUUUUCUAAGCCUCAAUUCCUCUGUAGAUGGCAAAUCGCACCAUGACAAAUUGGAUUCAUCCUGCUUUGAGUCACCUUGAUCCAAAGCCUUCAUGAUCCACGCAAUUUUGGUUUUGGUACAGCACAUGUCCAAUCCCUCCAUUUUCCCAGAAUUGCUUUCCUAGGUGCUGAUGGUCGCGUUAGUUAUCCUACUUCAAAUCAACGUUUUCUUUCCUUGUGGAAGGACUCGCCACUUGUACAAAUUUGGGUUAGCUUUGAUUGCUCGACAGUCUGGCGCAUGCUGUUACGAUUCAGGAACUUCAUUCAAUACCUAGAGAGGUUCAGUUGAACAAGUCGCAGGAAGCAGAACUAAUCAGGAAAGAGAGAGCGAACUGUCUAGUGAUCCAAGCCUCGUUUGAUCUUCAUUAGUUCUGUCCACGGUGUUUUGCAACACCACCCACAUAAAAAUCUUUCAAUCAGUCCCUUGCGCACUGUUUAUUGUACUCUCUGUA